GGCAAUCAUGGGCCACGGAGUCGGCUGAGGAUCCGGAGGGUUCUGCAAAACGCACCAAUCGUGAGUAGGGAUGUAUAUUCGCCAUUCUAGGCCUGUUUAUUUCCUUGGAUGUGAACUAGAGCUAAUGUUGGCCAAGGAUUUGAAAGGUACUGUGCCUUCAGAAAGUACCCACACCCCUUGAUUUUUUUCCACAUUUUGUUGUUACAAAAGUGGGAUUAAAAUUGAUUUGUCAUUUUCUGACAACACAAAAUACUGUAAAAGUGGAAGAAACAUUCUAACGUUUGCAAAACAUUUUUUUUAUGAAAGAUAAAACACUAAUGUAUAUUUUAUUAGAUAAGUAUUCAACCCCCUGAGUCAAUACAUUUUGGAAUCACCGUUGCCAGCGAUUACAGCUGUGAGUCUUUCUGGGUAAGUCUUUAAGAGCUUUGCACACCUGGAUUGUACUAUAUUUGCACAUUAUUCUUUAAAAAAUUAUACUGUGGCUAUUUGAUCAUAAUGUAGACAUACCAGAUUGGCCUACCAUCAAAAACAAUGGAGAAAAUGAAUGCCAUAACAUUUUAACAUGUACAUAGCUGUUCUAUCAUUCAGCCUACAGUAGCAGCCAAUGUGUUGUGUUCAAUGUAGACCUACAUUCCAUGAGACUUUAAAAAAACUAAAAAAAACAUGCAGGGCUUGGCAUUGACCUGUUUAUCCACUUGUCCUUCAGACUGAAAAUGUUGGGUUUGAUGCAAGAAACCACUUGAAAAAAAAAGAAAAAAGAAACCACUUUAAACAUAAAAUGCGUUAUUAUUCCCAUACCAUUAUUACAGAGAAUCAGACAAAUUAUGCCACCCUCCGCCUAUUGGCUACUUAGCUUAUUCAAGCCUGUCUUAAAACACAACACUACCCCUUUAAGACAAAAAAAGCUCUGACUUGCUUUUCAAAGAUGUCUAGAAAUGUACAUGUUUUGUGCUCUUGUAGGAAGCAAUCACUCCCCUAUUGCUGACUACAAAUUAUCUAUAACUGGGCUAAUAACUCACUAACUAGCAAAGGAUAUGAACAAAAUGUGCACACGUGGCAACAUGCAGCUCUCGCUUUGAUCUCAAAACAAGCACAUCUACUACCGACCGCUCAUGCUGUAAACAGUCCAGUUCAAAGUAAAUGGCACAGAUCCAUAUAUGGCAAUGGUCUAUUUGCAUAUAGGCCUACUGCAGCUCUGAUUAGUUAUGCAACACCGGUCUGUGUAGAGUACGGGCUGAGUCGGUCGUGUCAAUGCAAUAGUAUCCUACUCCGGCGCGUUCUGGCUACAACAAAAUAUUUUGCGUGGUUCGUUUUUCAUACCAAGUCUUGCAUAGUUCAUUUUGUUUCGGUAUGUUGCAUUGAAAUUGGCUAAUAUUGCGUUACAUUUACAUUUACAUUUGACAUUUUAGUCAUUUAGCAGACGCUCUUAUCCAGAGCGACUUACAGGAGCAAUUAGGGUUAAGUGCCUUGCUCAAGGGCACAUCGACAGUUCACCUAGUCGGCUCGGGGAUUAGAACCAGCGACCUUUCGGUUACUGGCACAACGCUCUUACCCACUAAGCUACCUGCCGCUCAGUAGACCACAGUAAAGGGCAACGGUUGAUAGUGUUAACUAACACGGCAAAAUCUAAAAAGUUGAGUGAAGUUCAAUCUCGUGCUUCUUCGUGGGCUGAUACUGUAUUUAUUUUGCGCAGCAGUCCCGGGAGAUGCGUGGCAAUCUCGGGGUACUGCGCGCCCACGCAUGUGUGCAGUUUAGAGGGAACAUUGCCUAUAACAUGAUGCAGCCUCCACCAUGCUUGAAAAUAUGAAGAGUGGUACUCAGUGAUAUGUUUGGGGCAAAUCCAACACAGCACAACGCUUUAUAUUAAUUUCUUUGCCACAUAUUUUUGCAGUUUUACUUUAGGGCCUUAAUGCAAACAGGAUGCAUAUUUUUGAAUAUUUUUUAUUCUGAAAAGGCAUCCUUCUUUUCACUUUGUCAAUUAGGUUAGGAUUGUGGAGUAAGUACAAUGUUGUUGAUCCAUCCUCAGUUUUCCCCUAUCACAGCCAUUAAACUCUGUAACUGUUUUAAAGUCACCAUUGGCCUCAUGGUGAAAUCCCUGAGCGGUUUCCUUCCUCUCCGGCAACUGAGUUAGGAAGGACUCCUAUAUAUUUGUAGUGACUGGGUGUAUUGAUACACCAUCCAAAGUGUAAUUAGUUACUUCACCAUGCUCAAAGGGAUGUUCAAUGUCUGCUUUUCUUUUACCCAUCUUGGAAAACCUCCCUGGUCUUUGGUUGAAUAUGUGUUUUUGAAAUUCACUGCUCGACUGAGGGACCUUACAGAUAAUUGUAUGUGUGGGGUACAGAGAUGGGGUAGUCAUUCAAAAAUCAUGUUAAACACUAUUAUUGCAUCUUAUUAUGUGACUUGUUAAGCACAAUUUUACUCCUGAACUUAUUUAGGCUUGCCAUAACAAAAGGGUUGAAUACUUAUUGACUCAACGUUUCAGCUUUCAAUUUUUAAUUAAUUUGUAAACAUUUCGAAAACAUCAUUCCACUUUGACAUUAUGGGGUAUUUAUUGUUCCGCGGGCUGCCAGUUGCCCAUCCCUGGUUUAGGCUACAGCCUAACAUGUCAGUGUGGUUAGUGUUGCACGGUAAACUGAAACGUUCAUCUGUCUGGAACAAGUACCAUUCUGUGACUUUGGCUAAUAUAACUUAAUCUUUUUGCUGUGGUGUCUUUCUUGGUAUCAAGUAUCGUGAUGGUAUCGUGGUACUAAACCUGGUAUCAGUAUGGAGGUCAAAAGUUAUUGCAGGGCAAGUAAUCAAUGGAUAAGGAGUUCAAUGUCCGAAUACAGUUCAUUGUAUUGUAAUUGGAAGCCCAUGUUACAGUGCAUUCAGAAAGUAUUCAGACCCUCGACUUAUUCCACAUUUUGGUAGCCUUAUUCUAAAAUUGAUUAAAUUGUUUUUUCCUCUCAUCAAUCUACACACAAUACCCCAUAAUGACAAAGCAAAACUGGUUUUUUGAAAUGUUUGCAGAUUUAUAAAAAAUUAAACACUGAAAUAUCACAUUUACAUAAGUAUUCAGACCCUUUACUCAGUACAUUGUUGAAGCACCUUUGGCAGCGAUUACAGCCUCAAGUCAAAUCAAAAUUUUUUUUGCCAAUACAACAGGUGUAGACCUUACAGUGAAAUGUUUACUUACAAGCCCUUAACCAACAAUGCAGUUUUAAGAAAAGAAAAAACAAGUGUUAAGUAAAAAAUAAAAAUAGCAAAUAAUUAAAGAGCAGCAGUAAAAUAAAGUAACAGUAGGGAGGCUAUAUAGAGGGGUACCGGUACAGAGUCAAUGUGCGGGGGCACCGGUUAGUUGAGGUAAUUGAGGUAAUAUAUACAUGUGGGUAGAGUUAAAGUGACUAUGCAUAGAUAAUAAACAGAGUAGCCCAGCGGGGGGGUGGCAAUGCAAAUAGUCUGGGUUGCCAUGAUUAGCUGUUCAGGGUCUUAUGGCUGGGGGUAGAAGCUGUUAAGAAGCCUUUUGGACCUAGACUUGGUGCUCUGGUAGCUUGCCGUGCGGUAGCAGAGAGAACAGUCUAUGACUAGGGUGCCCUCUUCCACGACUGUCUUGGUGUGUUUGGACCAUGAUAAUCUCCCUCGAUCUGGGGCUCCACGCAAGAUCUCACCCGUGGGGUCAAAUGAUCACAAGAACGGUGAGCAAAAAUCCCAGAACCACACAGGGGGACCUAGUGAAAGACCUGCAGAGAGCUGGGACCAAAGUAACAAAGCCUACCAUCAGUAACACACUACGCCACCAGGGACUCAAAUCCUGCAGUGCAAGACGUGUCCACCUGCUUAAGCCAGUACAUGUCCAGGCCCGUCUGAAGUUUGCUAGAGUGCAUUUGGAUGAUCCAGAAGAGGAUUGGGAGAAUGUCAUAUGGUCAGAUGAAACCAAAAUAGAACUUUUUGGUAAAAACUCAACUCGUCGUGUUUGGAGGACAAAGAAUGCUGAGUUGCAUCCAAAGAACACAAUACCUACUGUGAAGCAUGGGGGUGGAAACAUCAUGCUUUGGGGCUGUUUUUCUGCAAAGGGACCAGGACGACUGAUCCGUGUGUAAAGGAAAGAAUGAAUGGGGCCAUGUAUCGUGAGAUUUUGAGUGAAAACCUCCUUCCAUCAGCAAGGGCAUUGAAGAUGAAACGUGGCUGGGUCUUUCAGCAUGACAAUGAUCCCAAACACACCGCCCGGGCAAUGAAGGAGUGGCUUCAUAAGAAGCAUUUCAAGGUCCUGGAGUGGCCUAGCCAGUAUCCAGAUCUCAACCCCAUAGAAAAUCUUUGGAGGGAGUUGAAAGUCCGUGUUGCCCAGCGACAGCCCCAAAACGUCACUGCUCUAGAGGAGAUCUGCAUGGAGGAAUGGGCCAAAAUACCAGCAACAGUGUGUGAAAACCUUGUGAAGACUUACAGAAAACGUUUGACCUGUGUCAUUGCCAACAAAGGGUAUAUAACAAAGUAUUGAGAAACUUUUGUUAUUGACCAAAUACUUAUUUUCCACCAUAAUUUGCAAAUAAAUUCAUUAAAAAUCCUACAAUGUGACUUUCUGGAUAAUUUUUUCUCAUUUUGUCUGUCAUAGUUGACGUGUACCUAUGAUGAAAAUUACAGGCCUCUCUCAUCUUUUUAAGUGGGAGAACUUGCACAAUUGGUGGCUGACUAAAUACUUUUUUUCCCCACUGUAUUUGUAGUGACUGGGUGUAUUGAUACACCAUCCAAAGUGUAAUUAGUUACUUCACCAUGCUCAAAGGGAUGUUCAAUGUCUGCUUUUCUUUUACCCAUCUUGGAAAACCUCCCUGGUCUUUGGUUGAAUAUGUGUUUUUGAAAUUCACUGCUCGACUGAGGGACCUUACAGAUAAUUGUAUGUGUGGGGUACAGAGAUGGGGUAGUCAUUCAAAAAUCAUGUUAAACACUAUUAUUGCAUCUUAUUAUGUGACUUGUUAAGCACAAUUUUACUCCUGAACUUAUUUAGGCUUGCCAUAACAAAAGGGUUGAAUACUUAUUGACUCAACGUUUCAGCUUUCAAUUUUUAAUUAAUUUGUAAACAUUUCGAAAACAUCAUUCCACUUUGACAUUAUGGGGUAUUUUAUUGUUCCGCGGGCUGCCAGUUGCCCAUCCCUGGUUUAGGCUACAGCCUAACAUGUCAGUGUGGUUUAGUGUUGCACGGUAAACUGAAACGUUCAUCUGUCUGGAACAAGUACCAUUCUGUGACUUUGGCUAAUAUAACUUAAUCUUUUUGCUGUGGUGUCUUUCUUGGUAUCAAGUAUCGUGAUGGUAUCGUGGUACUAAACCUGGUAUCAGUAUGGAGGUCAAAAGUUAUUGCAGGGCAAGUAAUCAAUGGAUAAGGAGUUCAAUGUCCGAAUACAGUUCAUUGUAUUGUAAUUGGAAGCCCAUGUUACAGUGCAUUCAGAAAGUAUUCAGACCCCUCGACUUAUUCCACAUUUUGGUAGCCUUAUUCUAAAAUUGAUUAAAUUGUUUUUUCCUCUCAUCAAUCUACACACAAUACCCCAUAAUGACAAAGCAAAAACUGGUUUUUUGAAAUGUUUGCAGAUUUAUAAAAAAUUAAACACUGAAAUAUCACAUUUACAUAAGUAUUCAGACCCUUUACUCAGUACAUUGUUGAAGCACCUUUGGCAGCGAUUACAGCCUCAAGUCAAAUCAAAUUUUAUUUGCCAAUACAACAGGUGUAGACCUUACAGUGAAAUGUUUACUUACAAGCCCUUAACCAACAAUGCAGUUUUAAGAAAAGAAAAAACAAGUGUUAAGUAAAAAAUAAAAAUAGCAAAUAAUUAAAGAGCAGCAGUAAAAUAAAGUAACAGUAGGGAGGCUAUAUAGAGGGGGUACCGGUACAGAGUCAAUGUGCGGGGGCACCGGUUAGUUGAGGUAAUUGAGGUAAUAUAUACAUGUGGGUAGAGUUAAAGUGACUAUGCAUAGAUAAUAAACAGAGUAGCCGCAGCGGGGGGUGGCAAUGCAAAUAGUCUGGGUUGCCAUGAUUAGCUGUUCAGGGGUCUUAUGGCUUGGGGGUAGAAGCUGUUAAGAAGCCUUUUGGACCUAGACUUGGUGCUCUGGUAGCUUGCCGUGCGGUAGCAGAGAGAACAGUCUAUGACUAGGGUGCCCUCUUCCACGACUGUCUUGGUGUGUUUGGACCAUGAUAAUUUGUUGGUGAUGUGGACACCAAGGAACUUGAAGCUCUCAACCUGUUCCACUACAGCCCGUCGAUGAGAAUGGGGGCGAGCUCAGUCUUUUUUUUCCUGUAGUCGACAACACGGGCCCCCGUGUUGAGGAUCAGCGUGGCAGAUGUGUUGUUACCUACCCUUACUACCUGGGGGCGGCCCGUCAGGAAGUCCAGGAUCCUGUUGCAGAGGGAGGUGUUUAGUCCCAGGAUCCUUAGCUUAGUGAUGAGCUUUGAGGGCACUAUGGUGUUGAAUGUUGAGCUGUAGUCAAUGAAUAGCAUUCUCACAUAAGUGUUUCUCUUGUCCAGGUGGGAAAGGGCAGUGUGGAGUGCAAUAGAGAUUGCAUCAUCUGUGGAUCUGUUGGGGUGGUAUGCAAAUUGGAGUGGGUCUAGGGUUUCUGGGAUAAUGGUGAUGAUGUGAGACAUGACCAGCCUUUCAAAGCACUUCAUGACUACAGAUGUGAGUGCUACGGGAUGGUAGUCAUUUAGGCAGGUUACCUUAGUGUUCUUGGGCACAGGGACUAUGGUGGACUGCUUGAAACAUGUUGGUAUUAGAGACUCAGUCAGGGACAUGUUGAAAAUGUCAGUGAAGACACUUGCCAGUUGGUCAGCGCAUGCUCAGAGUACACGUCCUGGUAAUCCGUCUGGCCCUGCGGCCUUGUAAAUGUUGACCUGCUUAAAAGUCUUACUCACAUCGGCUACGGAGAGCGUGAUCACAUAGUCAGCCGUAACAGCUGAAGCUCUCAUGCAUGCUUCAGUGUUGCUUGCCUCGAAACGAGCAUAGAAGUGGUUUAGCUGGUCUGGUAGGCUUGUGUCACUGGGCAGCUCACGGCUGUUCUUCUCUUUGUAGUAUGUAAUAGUUUUCAAGCCCUGCCGCAUCAUAACAGCAUCGGAGCCGGUGUAGUACGAUUCAAUCUUAGUCCUGUUUUGACUCUUUGCCUGUUUGAUGGUUCGUCGAAGGGCAUAGCGGGAUUUCUCAUAAGCGUCCGGGUUAGAGUCCCGCUCCUUGAAAGCGGCAGCUCUACCCUUUGGCUAAGUGUGGAUGUUGCCUGUAAUCCAUAGCUUCUGGUUGGGGUAUGUACAGUUGGAAGUUUACAUACACUUAGGUUGGAGUCAUUAAAACUAGUUUUUCAACCACUCCACAAAUUUCUUGUUAACAAACUAUAGUUUUGGCAAGUCGGUUAGGACAUCUACUUUGUGCAUGACACAAUUACUUUUUCCAACAAUUGUUUACAGACAGAUUAUUUCACUGUAUCACAAUUCCAGUGGGUCAGAAGUUUACAUACACUAAGUUGACUGUGCCUUUAAGCUUGGAAAAUUCCAGAAAAGUAUGUCAUGGCUUUAGAAGCUUCUGAUAGGCUAAUUGACAUAAUUUUAGUCAAUUGGAGGUGUACCUGUGGAUGUAUUUCAAGGCCUACCUUCAAACUCAGUGCCUCUUUGCUUGACAUCAUGGGAAAAUCAAAAGAAAUCAGCCAAGACCUCAGAAAAAAAUGUGUAGACCUCCACAAGUCUGGUUCAUCCUUGGGAGCAGUUUCCAAACGCCUGAAGGUACUAUGUUCAUUUGUACAACAAUAGUACGCAAGUAUAAACACCAUGGGACCACGCAGACGUCAUACCGCUCAGGAAGGAGACGCGUUCUGUCACCUAGAGAUUAACGUACUUUGGUGCCAAAAGUGCAAAUCAAUCCCAGAACAACAGCAAAGGACCUUGUGAAGAUGCUGGAGGAAACAGGUACAAAAGUAUCUAUAUCCACAGUAAAACGAGUCCUAUAUCGACAUAACCUGAAAGGCCGCUCAGCAAGGAGGAAGCCACUGCUCCAAAACCGCCAUAAAAAAGCCAGACUACGGUUUGCAACUGCACAUGGGGACAAAGAUCUGACUUUUAUGAGAAAUGUCCUCUGGUCUGAUGAAACAAAAAUAGAACUGUUUGGCCAUAAUGACCAUCGUUAUGUUUGGAGGAAAAAUGGGGUAGCUUGCAAGCCGAAGAACACCAUCCCAACCGUGAAACACAGGGGUGGCAGCAUCAUGCUGUGGGGGUGCUUUGCUACAGGAGGGACUGGUGCACUUCACGAAAUAGAUGGCAUCAUGAGGAAGGAAAAUUAUGUGGAUAUAUUAUAGCAACAUCUCAAGACAUCAGUCAGGAAGUGACAGCUUGGUCGGAAAUGGCACUUCCAAAUGGACAAUGACCCCAAGCAUACUUCCAAAGUUGUGGCAAAAUGGCUUAAGGACAACAAAGUCAAGGUAUUGGAGUGGCCAUCACAAAGCCCUGACUUCAAUCCUAUAGAAAAUGUGUGAGCAGAACUGAAAAAGCGUGUGCGAGCAAGGAGGCCUACAAACCUGACUCAGUUACACCAGCUCUGUCAGGAGGAAUGGGCCAAAAUUCCCCCAACUUAUUGUGGGAAACUUGUGGAAGGUUACCCGAAACGUUUGACCCAAGUUAAACAAUUUAAAGGCAAUGCUACCAAAUACUAAUUGAGUGUAUGGAAGGUUCUGAUCCACUGGGAAUGUGAUGAAAGAAAUAAAAGCUGAAAUAAAUCCUUCUCUCUACUAUUAUUCUGACAUUUCACAUUCUUAAAAUAAAGUGGUGAUCCUAACUGACCUAAGACAGGGAAUUUUUACUAGGAUUAAAUGUCAGGAAUUGUGAAAAACUGAGUUUUUCACAAUUUAUUUGCCUAAGGUGUAUGUAAACUUCCGACUUCAACUGUACGUACUGUCACUGAGGACGACAUCAUCGAUGCACUUAUUGAUGAAGCCAGUGAAAUGAUAAAGCCAGUGACGGAUGUGGUGUACUCCUCAAUGCUAUCGGAAGAUUCCCGGAACAUAUUCCAGUCUGUGCUAGCAAAACAGUCCUGUAGCUUAGCAUCUGCGUCAUCUGACCACUUCCUUAUUAACCGAGUCACUUGUGCUUCCUGCUUUAGUUUUUGCUUAUAAGCAGGAAUCAGGAGGAUAGAGUUAUGGUCAGAUUUGCCAAAUGGAGGACGAGGGAGAGCUUUGUGUGUGGAGUAAAGGUGGUCUAGAGUUUUUUUUUCUCCCUCUGGUUGCACAUUUAACAUGCUGGUAGAAAUGAGUUAGAACAGAUUUAAGUUUCCCUGCAUUAAAGUCCCCGGCCACUAGGAGCACUGCCUCUGGAUGAACGUUUUCCUGUUUACUUAUGGCCUUAUACAGCUCAUUGAGUGCAAUCUUAGUGCCAGCAUCGGUUUGUGGUGGUAAAUAGACAGCUACGAAAAAUAUAGAUGAACACUCUCUUGGUAAAUAGUCUUCUUGGGUAUGAUGCUACAAGCUUGGCACACCUGUAUUUGGGGAGUUUCUCCCAUUCUUCUAUGCAGAUCCUUUUAAGCUCUGUCAGGUUGGAUGGGGAGCAUCACUGCACAGCUAUUUUCAGGUCUCUCCAGGUUUGGAGCAGGUUUUCAUCAAGGAUCUCUCUGUACUUUGCUCCGUUCCCUCGAUCCUGACUAGUUUCCCAGUCCCUGCUGCUGAAAAAUAUCCUCACAGCAUGAUGCUGCCACCACCAUGGUUCACCGUAGGUAUGGUGUCAGGUUUCCUCCAGACGUGACGCUUGACAUUCAGGCCAAAUAGUUCAAUCGUGGUUUCAUCAGACCAGAGAAUCUUGUUUCUCAUGGUCUGAGAGUCUUUAGGUGCCUUUUGGCAAACUCCAAGCGGGCUGUCAUGUGCCUUUUACUGAGGAGUGACUUCCAUCUGGCCACCUGACCAAUGUCCUUCUCCCCUCUGAUUGCGCAGUUUGGCCGGGCAGCCAGCUCUAGGAAGAGUCUUGCUGGUUACAGACUUCUUCCAUUAAAGAAUGAUGGAGGCCACUGUGUUCUUGGGGACCUUCAAUGCUGCAGAAAUGUUUUGGCACCCUUCCCCAGAUCUGUACCUCGAUACAAGCCUGUCUCGGAGCUUUACGGACCAUUCCUUCCACCUCAUGACUUGGUUUUUGCUCUGACAUGCAUUGUCAACUGUGGGACCUUUAUAUACGCAGCUGUGUGCCUCUCCAAAUCAUGUCCAAUCAAUUGAAUUUACCUCAGGUGGACUCCAAUCAAGUUGCAGAAACAUCUCAAAGGUGAUCAAUGGAAACAGGUUGCAGCUGAUCUCAAUUUCGAGUCUCAUAGCAAAAGGUCUGAAUACUUAUGUAAAUAUGUUUUUUCUGUUUAAUACAUUUGCAAAAAUGUCUAAACCUGUUUUCUCAUUGUCAUUAUGGGGUAUUGUGUGUAGAUGUUUUUAAAUUUAAUCCAUUUCAGGAUAAGGCUGUAACGUAACAAAAUGUGGAAAAAGUCAAGGGGUCUGAAUACUUUCCGAAGGUACUGUAUAUCACAUAGUUUUAGAUUGCUGGUGACGUUUCUUUAGGUUUUCCUCAUUUUGACUUCUUUGUUUUGUGUGUCUUCAGGCUUCCACUGCAGUGUAUGACAUGGCCACGGCCUCGUCCAGAACAGAGUGUAGCUAUAACCACGGACCGACGUCGCAGCUACAUGCCGUCGUUGCCUGUGCCAAACUCAAGCGGAAGAAGAGCUUGUUUGGGACGUCCAUCUUUGUGGAGGUGACAGCGGAGGGGGAGUCGCGCCGCACGGCCAAGUCCCACAGCUCCUCCAACCCCAAGUGGGAUGAGCGGCUCACUCUGUAAGGAAACCUACCUUCUGUGUGUGUGUUCUUAAUGUGUGUCAUGAGUAGCCCAUUUAAUCACUUACUGUAGUCUGUUUUGCAUGCUCUAGCAACAUUGUAUUCCUCACUGAAUCAAGUUACACUCUUUAGAGUUAGACAGUGGUGGUGUGUUAAUUCAGUAUGAAUCGAUUUCGGUAGUGCUUUUUCAAUCUAACCUCUGUUAAAUUUGUUCGGAACAAACUGUUCUGUACUGGAAUAGGAAGACUAGAGGGAGAAGAAAUCUAAACACUCGUUUUUAGUAGGAACCAGGCUACACAUGAGAUGCAUUUGUGGUACAACACAAAGAAGAUUAGUUUUCUCAAAGGUCUUAUUUAUCUGUGGGAAUCUGGGGGUGUGGAUUCAUUGGAACACAUAGUGGGCUUGUGGGAGAGCUGACUAACGACUAGAAGUCUGAGCAGUCUGAAUAUCUCUAAUACUUAGUCAUCCAAUCUGGGCAGAUUUAUAAAAAAUAUAUUUUUUAUAAUGGCCUACAGUACAAUGAAAUUACGAUGAUUGAAAAACCAAAGCAGACAUACUGUGUCUUUCCUCUGAACACUCUGUUCCCAAAACGAGCCUGUUAUCUUUAUUGUUUUAUUUCCCAUGUUGGUGUGCAGGUUUGAACUGUGCUGAAAAUACCCUUCUGUAUCUGUUCAGUUGCAACACUAGCAGAGAUGCCUGUAACCUAGCAGCUUUUAUGGUUCUCUGGCUUUAAUGAGUCAAAGCCAAAUGUCAGGCUGUGUUCCAAACGACAUCUUAUCCCAUAUGAAUAGUGCACUAGUUUUGACCAGAGCCCUAUGGGCCUGCUCAAAAGUAGUGCACUAUUCAGGCAGUAGGGUGCCAUUUCAGACUCAGAAACUCGUUAACCAGGCCACUAAUUGCCUUGAUGGGGUAAUUAUCUCGGACAAAACAGCCAGGGCUCUGUGUGUUUGUUUUGUUUUUGUGUAUGCUUCAUGUUAUAGGAGUAGCUAGCUAGCUGUCUGAAACUCAACCGUGGCCUGCAAGUCAUAGUCCAGUGGUUCUAAAACAAGCUCUAUUUUGGUGGCCUCUGGUACAUUCUAAUGCAAGAUUGUAUUUUCAACCAGCAACUAUCAGGAAAUAACACUGAUACCUUUUAAGUGUUGGUUUCAUCAGCUGUUGUACAGUAUGAUAUAAAACACAGGACAACAAUUAUUUUGACCCCACUGGGCUUUUUAAAGAAUCCUGUAAGAGUCUGCUGACUUAAUUUAACUGCAGGUAAUUGCCAAAAAAGCCUACCAGUAUGCAAAUUAUGGAGCUAAAUGAACAGCUGUCUUAACGAUGCAAUUCGAUAGGCUACUGACGAGUCACUCACUUUAACGUCGCUGUCUUGCAAUUCCUGAUGGACUUCAUAUCGAAAAUACAAACGACAUCUUUAGUUUACUUGUCCCGAUACGAUACCAUGGAGAUAUAACUACUUUGUAUGAUUUAUGAAUGGCAAGGAUAUAUGAGAUCGACUUUAUUCAGUUAGUUCGACACGUUUGAUAAACUAGUCAAGCUUGCUGUUCGUCAAUCAAAGCACAGUAAAUAGCCUAUGCACCACCACUCCGUGGCUGCAUAUGAAACACGCCAUGGUCCAACGUAUACUUUUUUUUUUCUCACUGGCCCGGUCGAGCUAGUUGGCUAAAAAUCUACUACUCCGAACAGAAUUUCUGCUGGCCCGGACAUGGUGUAGUUCUUAAAUGCAUUGGGGUCAUGCAGGGCCUAUAGGUUUGUAUGCUUUCUCUCUUCUAACAUAUGGAAUUGUUUUAAGAUGGUCAUACCAUGGAUCAUUUAGCUAUUUGAUAUAGAAUUUUAGGAACCCUGUAGGUAUAAAAAAAAUAUAUAUAUUAAAAAGUACAGUAUGUGUGUGUAUAUACAAAAGUAUGUGGACACCCCUUCAAAUUAGUGGAUUUGGCUGUUUCAGCCACACAUGUUGCUUACAGAUGUAUAAAAUCGAGCACACAGCCAUGCAAUCUCCAUAUACAAACAUUGGCAGUAGAAUGGCCUUACUGAAGAGCUCAUUGACUGUCAACGUGGCACAGUCAUAGGAUGCCACCUUUACAACAAGUCAGUUCGUCAAAUUUCUGCCCUGCUAGAGCUGCCCCGGUCAACUGUAAGUGCUGUUAUUUACAUUUACAUGUAAGUAAUUUAGCAGACGCUCUUAUCCAGAGUGACUUACAAAUUGGUGCAUUCAACUUAGGAUAGCCAAUGGGACAACCACAUCUUGAUCACAGUAAGUACACUUCUUCAAACAAGCAGCUGUGAGCAAAGUCAGUGCAAUCAGGGACAACUACGUCUCGAUCACAAUAAAUACAUUUCUUUAAACAAGUCAGUGCUAGCAGGUGAAAUAAGAUGACAAGUGCCUGGAUUAGGACCUGUGCCGCUUUCUGUGUAAGGUAGGGUCAUACUCUGCGAAUGUUGUAGAGCAUGAACCUGCAGGAUCGGGUCACCGCUUUGAUGUUAGCAGAGAACGACAGGGUGUUGUCCAGGGUCACGCCAAGGUUCUUUGCACUCUGGGAGGAGGACACAAUGGAGUUGUCAACCGUGAUGGCGAGAGUUGUCAACCGUGACCGGAGAUGCCCAACUCGGAGGAGGAUCUGAUGGUUCACAGUAUCAAAGGCAGCAGAUAGGUCUAGAAGGAUAAGAGCAGAGGAGAGAGUGUUCGCUUUGGCAGUGCGGAAAGCCUCCGUGAUACAGAGAAGAGCUGUCUCAGUUGAAUGACCAGUCUUGAAACCUGACUAGUUAGGAUUUAGGCACGCUCGAGUUUUGGAGAGAAAAGAAAGAAGGGAUACUGGUCUGUAGUUGUUGACAUCAGAGGGGUCGAGUGUAGGUUUUUUGAGGAGGGGUGCAACUCUUGCCCUCUUGAAGAUGGAAGGGACAUAUCCAGCGGUCAAGGAUGAGUUUAUGAGUGAGGUGAGGUAAGGGAGAAGGUCUCCGGAAAUGGUCUGGAGAAGAGAGGAGGGGAUAGGGUCAAGCGGGCAGGUUGUUGGGCGGCCGGCCGUCACAAGUCGCAAGAUUUCAUCUGGAGAGAGAGGGGAGAAAGAAGUCAAAGCAAAGGGUAGGGCAGUGUGAGCAGGACCAGCAGUGUCAUUUGACUUAAUAAAUGAGGAUCGGAUGUCGUCUACCUUCUUUUCAAAAUGGUUGACGAAGUCAUCCACAGAGAGGGAGGAGGAGGAGGAUUCAGCAGGGAGGAGAAGGUGGCAAAGAGGCAGAGGCUUGACAUUUAGAGUGGUAGAAAGUGGCUUUAGCAGCAGAAACAGAGGAAGAAAAAGUAGAGAGGAGGGAGUGAAAAGAUGACAGGUCUGCAGGGAGUUUUCCUCCAUUUCCGCUCGGCUGCCCGGAGCCCUGUUCUGUGAGCUCGCAAUGAGUCGUCAAGCCACGGAGCAGGAGGGGAGGACCGAGCCGGCCGGGAGGAUAGGGGACAUAGAGAGUCAAAAGAUGCAGAAAGGGAGGAGAGGAGGGUCGAGGAGGCAGAAUCAGGAGACCGGAGGGAGAAGGAUUUAGCAGAGGGAAGAGAUGAUCGGAUGGAAGAGGAGAGAGUAGCGGGAGAGAGAGAGCGAAGGUUGCGACGGCGCAUUACCAUCUGAGUAGGGGCAGUGUGAGUAGUGUUGGAGGAGAGCAAGAGAGAAAAGGAUACAAAGUAGUGGUCGGAGACUUGGAGGGGAGUUGCAGUGAGAUUAGUAUAAGAACAGCAUCUAGUAAAGAUGAGGUCAAGCGUAUUGCCUGCCUUGUGAGUAGGGGGGGACGGUGAGAGGAUGAGGUCAAAAGAGGAAAGGAGUGGAAAGAAGGAGGCAGAGAGAAAUGAGUCCAAGGCAGACGUCGGCAGGUUAAAGUCACCCAGAACUGUGAGGGGUGAGCCAUCCUCAGGAAAGGAACUUAUCAAGGCGUCAAGCUCAUUGAUGAACUCUCCAAGGGAAUCUGGAGGGUGAUAAAUGGCAAGGAUGUUAAGCUUGAAUGGGCUAGUGACUGUGACAGCAUGGAAUUCAAAUUAGGAGAUAGACAGAUGGGUCAGGGGGAAAAGAGAGAAUGUCCACUUGGGAGAGAUGAGGAUUCCUGUGCCACUGCCGCGCUGACCAGAUGCUCUUGGAGUAUGCGAGAACACAUGAUCAGACGAGGAAAGAGCAGUAGGAGUAGCAGUGUUUUCUGUGGUAAUCCAUGUUUCCGUUAGCGCCAAGAAGUCGAGAGACUGGAGGGUAGCAUAGGCUGAGAUUAACUCUGCCUUGUUGGCCGCAGAACGGCAGUUCCAGAGGCUGCCGGAGACCUGGAACUCCACGUGGGUCGUGCGCGCAGGGACCACCAGAUUAGAGUGGUAGCAGCCACGCGGUGUGAAGCGUUUGUAUGGCCUGUGCAGAGAGGAGAGAACAGGGAUAGACAGACAUAGUUGACAGGCUACAGAAAAGGCUACAAUAAUGCAAAAGAGAUCGGAAUGAAAUUAACUAAACAUCUGGGGAAGCGAGAGAGCUGGGCCUCCCUCGACUAACUCCCGCAGAACAACUUGGCAGAACUGUCUUUGUUUCAGGGACAGUCUUCAUUUUUGGGGACAGCCGCCGCAGACAGCUGCCGCUGAACAAAGAGGUUGUGCUAAUAACACUAAGCUAAUUGCCUAGCACAAGUGUAGCCUCUCCCCCUCCUAUUGAGUUGUAAUCUGCAGAGAACAAAAGAAGUGGCUGGACCUGUGUCCAGUGUGAAUGGGUAGCAAUCGCUUCUUAAGCAGACUGGGUAGCUUACUAACUAUGACAGACAGACAGAACCAACACAGUUUACAAGUUAAAACAAUUAUACUUACAGAAUCAAGCAGGCUCCUUCCAAGACUAUUAGUUGUGAAGUAGAAAUGUCUAGGAGAAACAACGGCUCAGCCGCGAAGUGGUAGGCCACACAAGCUCACAGAACAGAACGAGUGCUGAAGCGCGUAGUACGUAAAAAUCAUCUGUCCUCUGUUGCAACACUCACUACUGUGUUUCAAACUGCCUCUGGAAGAAACAUCAGCACAAGAACUGUUCUUCGGGAGCUUCAUGAAAUGGGUUUCCAUGGCUAAGCAUCCUCACACAAGCCUAAGAUCACCAUGCACAAUACCAAGCGUUGGCUGGAGUGGUGUAAAGCUCGCCACCGUUGGACUCUGAAGCAGUGGAAACGCGUUCUUUGGAGUGAUGCAUCACGCUUCACCAUCUGGCAGUCCGACGGACUAAUCUGAGUUUGGCGGAUGCCAGGAGAACGCUAUCUGCCCGAAUAGAUAGUGCCAACUGUAAAGUUUGGUGGAGCAGUAUUAAUGGUAAAAAUUUGCUUGGAGGUGGUUUAAACGCCAUUUUAAUGUCAACUUUGCUCAUGGAAAACCGUAUCAAGGGAAGUGUUUUACGCAUGCUCAGUUCUUGGGUCUCGAAGGCUGCGCGAGUGGAAAUGUUAAAUGGAAGUUAUGGAACUCCUUCACGUGCUUCUGUUAUAGGGAAAAUGUUAUGCGGAAAAGUCCUCAGUGAAACUGCCAAUAAAUGUGGACAAUAAUACAUUUGCAUCUGUUGGACAUCAAGUAUCCCAUUAAUUUAUCUGCCAUUGUAGCCUACCAUUUGAUAAAUAUGUUAAAAUGGCGAUAUCACUGGAGUCAUUACAAAUCAAUUUGUGCCAUUUGUGUAGCCUAACUGGAGCUGGCAAACGGAUUUAAUAAAUAGCCUAUAACUUCAGUUUAUUGUUGUAGCCAGAAAAUAGCCUAACAUUUGUUUUUUGAAGCCACUUUUCAAUAAAAGGCACAUGACAGCCCACUUGGAGUUUGCCAAAAGGCACCUAAAGACUCUCAGACCAUGAGAAACAAGAUUUAUCUGGUCUGAUGAAACCAAGAUUGAACUUUUCGGCCUGAAUGCCAAGCGUCACGUAAGAAGGAAACCUGGCACCAUCCCAUACGGUGAAGCAUGGUGGUGGCAGCAUCAUGCUGUGGGGAUAUUUUUCAGCGGCAGGGACUGGGAGACUAGUCAGGAUUGAGGCAAAGAUGAAUGGCACAAAGUUCAGAGAGAUCCUUGAUGAAAACCUGCUCCAGAGCGCUCAGGACCUCAGACUGGGGCGAAGGUUCACAUUCCAACAGGACAACUACCCUAAGCACACAACCAAGACAACGCAGGAGUGGCUUUGGGACAAGUCUCUGAAUGUCCUUGAGUGGCCCAGCCAGAGCCCGGACUUGAACCCGAUCGAACAUCUCUGGAGAGACCUGAAAAUAGCUGUGCUGCAACGCUCCCCAUCCAAGCUGACAGAGCUUGAAAGGAUCUGCAGAGAAGAACUGGAGAAACUCCCCAAAUAAAGGUGUGCAAAGCUUGUAGCGUCAUACCCAAGAAGACUCGAUACUGUAAUCGCUGCCAAAGGUGCUUAAACAUAGUACUGAGUAAAGGGUCUGAAUACUUAUGUAAAUGUCAUAUUUCCGUUUUCUUUAAAUUGUAUAAAUCAGCAAACAUUUCUAAAAACCUGUUUUUGCUUUGUCAUUAUGGGGUAUUGUGUGUGUGUGUGUGUGUGUGUAGAUUGAUGAGGGGAAAAAAACAAUUUAAUCAAUUUUAGAAUAAGUUUGUAAGGUAACAAAAUGUGGAAAAAGUCAAGGGGUCUGAAUGCUUUCCGAAGGCACUGUAUAUCGGACUGUAUACCACAGGUAUGACAAACUUUUUACUGUUUUAUUACGUUGGUAACCAGUUUUAUAAUAGCAAUAAGGGACCUUGGGGGUUUGUGGUAUAUGGCUAACACACACACCCAGGUACCGAUAGGCCGGACAGACCGCAGACAAACCAGGAGUGAUUCUUUUCAUCGCUCACUUUGUGACUAACAGUCGCCUGUUCUAUCAAUAGUGAAUUUAAGUGGAAAAAAUACCCGGCUAAAAAUGAAUCUGGAGACAGCCGGCGCUAGUGCAAAACACUGCUGGUAUAUUGCACUGUAUUUUUUGAAUGCAGGGAGAGGGCCACCAUUUGCAUUGGGGUUAAACACACUUGGUUAGCUAUCAGCUUUUCCAUUAUCAAACAGUUUAUAGAAGGAUUUACAGGGGAUGUGUCCCAAAUGGCACUCUAGUCCCUAUAUAGUGCGCUACUUUUGACCAAAAGUAGUGCACUAUAAAGCGAAUAGGCCAGGGGAUUCCAUUUGGGGCACAAUCUGGGUGUGUCUACCACCUUAACUUUUUGUCUCUCUCUCUCUCUCUCUCGGUCUUUCUCUUUUUUUAGUUUUCUUCCGUCAUCUGCCUCUACGCUUUCUGGUCAUCUCUAUUUUUGUAUAUUUUCUUAGCUCUUCUCACUCAUUCUUCCUCUCUUAUCUCUCUCUAUCUGUCUCCCUUACUGUCUCUCUUCCUGGUUGCCUGUGUCGUUUCUAUAGACCAGGGAAGUUCUUUAUUCUGCAGUCAGAGGCAGCCCUCCUCUUUCUCGCUCUCUCUCUGUCUCGCUCUCGGGGGUGGGGGGGGGGACCCCCUGACCGUGUGAGGAAUACUAACCGGUCUAAUCUGCAGACAGCAGAGAGGGAAGACAGGGGGAGAGUGUGACAAAAGCAAGCAUUUGCCAAAGGAUCCAGAAAUUGUAAUUGUCAAGGGAAAUGGCCAAAGCGAUAGUCCUAGUAUCAUAGCAUGGAGGUGCGAUAAAAUCUGAGGAAAAUCAAUGACUAAACACAACUCUUUGAAGUCUUAACAGUGUGACGACAAGACAAGGCUGGCUCCUGAGUCUCCCUUCCCUUCAGAUGUUGUGUAUGCCACAGACAGACCGCUGAGACCUCUCCCUGUUAAAGCGUGUCCUGUGUGUAGAGCUGAUUGGAUUAGAGCGCUGUCAGUGGCUGUGCCCAGACGACGGGAGACAUGUUCAGAUCGAUGAGGGAGCCCUUCUAAGGAUCGCUGAGAAACAUUCAUUACCAUUAUUAUCAAAUGCUGCAGACUCCUCCAGGUUGUGGCACCUUGCUAGAAGUCACAAAGAAGAUCCUUCCUGGCUGGCUGGCUGUCUGUAGCUAGGUUUCCAUCCAAUUGGCAACAGAUUUUCAUGCGAAUAUUCAAAAAUUUGCAUAAAACAAUAUGCACAUUUUCCACCAUGUCGAAAGAACAAAUUGUCGACAUUUUAUAAAAAAUUGUCCCAGCAUUUCCUGUUUUCGUCAACCUGGUUGUGACUUUUUUCGUGUCGGGUAAUUAGUCUGCUUGAAAUGGUUAGAUGGAAACCUGCUUUUUGUCUGUCUGCCCAUUGACUUCAGUGGAGCCACUUACAGUAUAAUCAGUGGGGUAACAGGACCUACAUCAUUGCAUUUUGUCAUGGGGAUAUUGUGACUGUCUAAUGUAUGCUGUGCAUCCUGUAUAGCAUAUCAGCACUGAAUGCACUGUAAUGGUGCUGGUAGUUUAUUUCUACAUCAGAAGAAUUGGAUAAAGAAGCCACCAGUUAGUUGUUGUAAGAUACGAUAAGAAAAACAUGUUUGCCCCCAAGGGGAAAAUUGGCUUGGACACACAGUACUGCUUUAUAAGAAAUGAACACUGUUGUAUAGUCUUCAGGUGUCCAUGUCACUUGCUGUGUUGUGUGUGUUCGCAUGUGCAUGCGAUAUAGUCUGACCGCUGUGCUGUGUUGCAGAAAUGUCUGGCCACACACGCAGGUGGACUUUAAGGUGUGGAGUCACCACACCCUGAAGGCUGAUGCUCUGCUGGGGAAAGCCACUCUGGACCUCCUCCAGGCCUUGGAGCAGCACGACAGGAAAUGUACGUAGUUGGCAGCCCGCCUCAUCUCUUAUUCCUCCUUAUGUUCUAACCUUGACAAGAACAAUGUCAAUAGGCAACAAACUAAACAGGAUAUCAGCUCCGAUAUUAUUGCCCCAGAAAGAGUAUGUUCUUACUCUUCAGGAUUAACUGCAGUAUGCCAUUGUGUUGUUAGACACAGUAUUCUACAGUAAAAGGUUUAGAAAGAAUGUUGUUACAGUAUUUGGGGCCCUACUUGAAAGUAUCAGACAUUUCUUGCUAAUGAGUAAGUGUCACUAAUAGCUGUGUUCUCUUCCACCCUCUCUCCUGUCUCUGCCCUGUCCCCCUGUCUCCUCCUGUCCCCUGGCCUCUGUCUCUGUCAUGCCCGGUCUCCUCCUCCCCUGUCCCCUGUCUCUGCCCUGUCUCCUCCUCUCCCCUGUCUCUGCCAUGCCCUGUCCCCUGUCUCUGCCAUGCCCUGUCCCCUGUCUCUGCCAUGCCCUGUCCCCUGUCUCUGCCAUGCCCUGUCCCCUGUCUCUGCCAUGCCCUGUCCCCUGUCUCUGCCAUGCCCUGUCCCCUGUCUCUGCCAUCCCCUGUCCCCUGUCUCUGCCAUCCCCUGUCCCCUGUCCCCUGUCUCUGCCAUCCCCUGUCCCCCUGUCUCCUCCUCUCCCCUGUCCCCUGUCUCUGCCAUCCCCUGUCCCCCUCCUCUGUCCUCUCACAUCUCUGUCGUCCCCUGUCUCUCUCCUCUCCCCUGUCUCUGCCAUGCCCUGUCCCCCUGUAUCCUCCUCUCUCCUGUCUCCCCUCCCUCCUCCCCAGUGGAGAAUGUGAAGGAGGUGUUGAAGCUGGUGCUGGACCAUAAGGGGGCUGUGGUUGCUACGGGAGAGUUGACUGUGUUCCUGGACGGUCUGACCGUCAACCAGGAACAGCUGCACAACGGCAACGCUGCCACCUCUACCAGUGAGUACCGCUCUGUGUGUGUGUCGUCUGUCUGUUUUAGUAUGCGUGUGGCUUGUCACCAUUUCUCUGUAUGUGGAUUUAUCUAUAGUGAAUUCAGCAAAAAAAGAAACGUCCUCUCACUGUCAACUGCGUUUAUUUUCAGCAAACUUAACAUGUGUAAAGAUUUGUAUGAACAUAACAAGACUCAACAACUGAGACAUAAACUGAACAAGUUCCACAGACAUGUGACUAACAGAAAUUGAAUAAUGGGUCCCUGAACAAAGGGGGGGGGGGUCAAAAUCAAAAGUAACAGUCAGUAUCAGGUGUGGCCACCAGUUGCAUUGCAGGACUGCAGUUCAUCUCCUCCUCAUGGACUGCACCAGAUUUGCCAGUUCUUGCUGUGAGAUGUUACCCCACUCUUCCACCAAGGCACCUGCAAGUUCCCGGACAUUUCUGGGGGGAAUGGCCCUAGCCCUCACCCUCCGAUCCAACAGGUCCCAGACGUGCUCAAUGGGAUUGAGAUCCGGGCUCUUCGCUGGCCAUGGCAGAACACUGACAUUCCUUUCUUGCAGGAAAUCCCGCACAGAACGAGCAGUAUGGCUGGUGGCAUUGUCAUGCUGGAGGAUCAUGUCAGGAUGAGCCUGCAGGAAGGGUACCACAUGAGGGAGGAGGAUGUCUUCCCUGUAAAGCACAGCGUUGAGAUUGCCUGCAAUGACAACAAGCUCAGUCCGAUGAUGCUGUGACACACCGCCCCAGACCAUGACGGAUCCUCCACCUCCAAAUCGGCCUCGGUGUAACGCUCAUUCCUUCGAUGAUAAACGCGAAUCCGACCAUCACCCCUGGUGAGACAAAACCACGACUCGUCAGUGAAGAGCACUUUUUGCCAGUCCUGUCUGGCCCAGCAAUGGUGGGUUUGUGCCCAUAGGCGACGUUGUUGCCGGUGAUGUCUGGUGAGGACCUGCCUUACAACCUCAGUCCAGCCUCUCUCAGCCUAUUGCGGACUGUCUUAGCACUGAUGGAGGGAUUGUGCGUUCCUGGUGUAACGAGGAAUCCUGUACCUGUCCCACAGGUGUGAUGUUCGGAUGUACCGAUCCUGUGCAGGUGUUGUUACAUGUGGUCUGCCACUGCGAGGACGAUCAGCUGUCCGUCCUGUCUCCCUGUAGCGCUGUCUUAGGCGUCUCACAGUACGGACAUUGCAAUUCAUUGCCCUGGCCACAUCUGCAGUCCUCAUGCCUCCUUGCAGCAUGCCUAAGGCACGUUCAUGCAGAUGAGCAGGGACCCUGGGCAUCUUUCUUUUGGUGUUUUUCCAGAGUCAGUAGAAAGGCCUCUUUAGUGUCCUAAGUUUUCAUAACUGUGACCUUAAUUGCCUACCGUCUGUAAGCUGUUAGUUUCUUAACAACCGUUCCACAGGUGCAUGUUCUUCAAUUGUUUAUGGUUCAUUGAACAAGCAUGGGAAACAGUGUUUAAACCCUUUACAAUGAAGAUCUGUGAAGUUAUUUGGAUUUUUGCGAAUUAUCUUUGAAAGACAGGGUCCUGAAAAAGGGACAUUUCUUUUUUUGCUGAGUUUAUGUAUGCAUGUUUAGAUUGUUAGUUGUAGAAUACUGUUUAGGAUAACAGUGCCGUCUCCUCCCUUUCAGAAGUCCAGCAGAACGGCGAUGCCAUUCAUGAAAAUGGAGGGGACACCCCAUCAAGGGCUCCCAACAGGUAAGAGAGAAACUCCUGGCAGAAAACCAUGUUGUGAAUGAAUGGGCACUGAGCUAGUCUUGAGAUUACGUGAUAUGGUCAGCAGAGACGCAUGGUUUGGUUUAGAUGGCUGCGGAAAGAUAAUUUUGAUCAGCAGAAAAUGUGAUGCCGCUCAUAUUCAAGAAAACCAUAAACCAAUGCUGAAAGGCAAUGCAGUUUUCUCAAGCCACACACACACACACACACACAGAGAGCCGAUUUUCCUGCCUUAGGUCAUUGUAUUUGUCUGGCUCUUGGAGCGUUCUCUGAAGGCAGGGUUAUUAGAACUCUCACCUUGUAAUUUAACAGAGCUCCGACGGCUGCACAUGUUCUGUCUGUCCCUCUGUCUCCCUCUGUCCCUAAAUCAGGACAGCUUACAUGCAGGCCUAGCCACACAACCCUGAUCUUUAUUAUCUCGCUCACACUGUAAAAGUGCAGUUAACAGGACUAUAAUGGGUUUUAUUAGAAUCCACAAAAAGUGACUGUUGGCAAUUUAUUCACAGACAGAGGUGAAGGAGAUGGCAGACAGACUUCAUCUGCAUUGCAGUUACUGCUGCGUCCACCCUGUGAUGACAGCAAACACUGCCUUUGCACUUGCUUUGUCCUCUCGGUCUCUCUCUCUCGGUCUCUCUCUCAAUUCAAUUCAAUUUAAGGGCUUUAUUGGCAUGGGAAACGUAUGUUAACAUUGCCAAAGCAAAUGAAGUCGAUAGUAAACAAAAGUGAAAUAAACAUUAAAUAUUAACAGUAAACAUUACACGGUCUCUCUGUCUCUCUCUCUCGGUCUCCCCCCUUUCGCUCUCUCUCCCUCUCUCUGUUUAUCCACUAAGAGUGAGGAAGACACUUCCUGUAGCCCCAGUGCCCCUGCUCCCAGCUGUUAAAACACUUCCACUGUCCCGCUAGGCCCGACUGUCACAGUAUACACAACCUACUGUGGAUAGUGUGCGUGAGUCCGCCCACCUCCAGCAAAAACACUGCCCAGACUCUGAUUGUGUUAGUGGUGGGUUUUGGUUGUCCACAUUGUGGCACAAUAUAUUGUAUGUGCAUGUAGGCUAGUUACGUCUGUCCCUGGAACGUUUCUGUCUGGUCUGUGGCAGUGAGUGCAGAGACAAAACCUUGUGGACACACACAAAGGCUCUCCUUCAGUCUUGCCUGUUUCAUCACCAUAGCACCCUGCCCCCUCCUCCCUCUCUCCUCGUCCUCUGCCCUGCAUGACAAUAGUCUCAAUGUCACAAAGCAUUGCCUCUUCUCAGACCAAGGACUGCGUCACUAGUGCCCCGUACAGAACAGGACAUACGCAGAGUGGAGCACCCAGGCUCCCUUUACUUCCACUCUGAAAGACGCACAUCACAAGUCCUUCCCUCACACACAGACGCAAGCACGCACGCACACUCACAUACCCUCUGUACUCUGUGAAGUGCCUCAGAAGCGUUGAUACAGAGGAAAUGGAGUUGGCUGCAUGUGCGUGGCCUGCCUGAAAAACAGGAAGAGGGUUAGUGGAGGUAAUAAAGUUUCUGCUUGCUGAGAUACUGUGGUGGUGCUGUUCUGUGUCAGCCUGGCCAGAAAACAGAUGUAUACAUUUUAGAACACACAAAGACUCAAAACACCAUGCACGCGCACACACUAGUCUACAGAGAGUGUUGUCAGGCACGCUCCAUCAUUAGUAGUGCUUUCAGACAGUGAUUUCGUCACCCCCAUUGUGUUGUGGGAAGACGCGGGCGGUCUCAGGUUGGUUUGUAUAGACGAGGGGCCUCCUUCUGACAGAUGAUGGGGAGUCUAGCCUACUGCCCCUAUGUUUAACCCCACCAUCACAUAGGAUCUGUCUCUGCACAAGUGGAUGAUGAACCUUAUUUGCCAUGUCCUAUUUGUAGGGCUGGGCUAUAUGGACAAAUAUCAUAUCAUGUCACGUUUUACGGUAUUUAAUGUUUCGAUAAUAAAAGUUAUAAAUAUGCUUUGAGUAGUUCAUGACCCUAGGGUGGCAACACAUACAUGAUAAGUGAUUUCAAUGGGGCCGUCUCCAUUUAUACUGUUCAAUCCAACUCCAAACAAAAAUAGUCAGCAUUUUCAUACAUUUUUGCAUUUCCUGCACUUUUAUUAUAAUUUAGACACUGUGCCACGCAGUAUGAUAUGGGCUAGCCAGCUAACUAGCGAUUAGCAUUAGCGGCUAACACUAAUUAUUUUAGCAACACCUUGCUAAGAAAAGACAAACUAGUAAGCAAAAACGAAAGCAGGAAGCACCAGUGACUCGGUUAAUAAGGAAGUGGUCAGAUGACGCAGAUGCUAAGCUACAGGACUGUUUUGCUAGCACAGACUGGAAUAUGUUCCGGGGUUCUUCCGAUGGCAUUGAGGAGUAGACCACAUCAGUCACUAGCUUCAUCAAUAAGUGCAUCGAUGACAUCGUCCCCACAGUGACCGUACGUACAUACCCCAACCAGAAGCCAUGGAUUACAGGCAACAUCCGCACUGAGCUAAAGGGUAGAACUGCCGCUUUCAAGAAGCGGGACUCUAACCCGGACGCUUAUAAGAAAUCCCGCUCUGCCCUCCGAUGAACCAUCAAACAGGCAAAGUGUCAAUACAGGACUAAGAUUGAAUCGUACUACACCGGCUCUGAUGCUCGUCGGAUGUGGCAGGGCAAACUAUUACAGACUACAAAGGGAAGCACAGCCGCGAGCUGCCCAGUGACACGAGCCUACCAGACCAGCUAUAUCACUUCUCGCUUCGAGGCAAGCAACACUGAAGCAUGCAUGAGAGCAUCAGCUGUUCCAGAUGACUGUGAUCACGCUCUCUGUAGCCGAUGUAAGACUUUUAAGCAGGUCAACAUUCACAAGGCCGCAGGGCCAGACAGAUUACCAGAACGUGUACUCUGAGCAUGCGCUGACCAACUGGCAAGUGUCUUCACUGAUAUUUUCAACAUGUCCCUGACUGAGUCUGUUAUACCAACAUAUUUCAAGCAGACCGCCAUAGUCCCUGUGCCCAAGAACACUAAGGAAACCUUCCUAAAUGUCUACCGUCCUGUAGCACUCACGUCUGUAGCUAUGAAGUUCUUUGAAAGGCUGGUUAUGGCUCACGUCAACACCAUUGUCCCAGAAACCCAAGACCUACUCCAAUUUGCAUACCGCCCCAACAGAUCCACAGAUGAUGCAAUCUCUAUUGCACUCCACACUGCCCUUUCCCACCUGGACAAGAGGAACACCUACGUGAGAAUGCCAUGCAUUUACUACAGCUCAGCGUUCAACACCAUAGUGCCCUCAAAGCUCAGGACUCUUGGACUAAACACCUCCCUCUGCAAAUGCAUCCUGGACUUCCUGACGGGCCGCCCCCAGGUGGUAAGGGUAGGUAACAACACAUCUGCCACGCUGAUCCUCAACACGGUGGCCCCUCAGGGUUGCAUGCUCAGUCCCCUCCUGUACUCCCUGUUCACCCAUGACUGCAUGGCCAGGCACGACUCCAACACCAUCAAUACGUUUGCCGACGACACAACAGUGGUAGGCCUGAUCACCGACAACAAUGAGACAGCCUAUAGGGAGGAGGUCAGAGACCUGGCCGUGUGGUGCCAGGAUAACAACCUCUCCCUCAACGUGAUCAAGACAAAGGAGAUGAUUGUGGACUACAGGACAAAAAAGAGGACUGAGCACGCCCCCAUUCUCAUCGACAGGGCUGUAGUGGAACAGGUUGAGAGCUUCAAGUUCCUUGGUGUCCACAUCACCAACAAACGAUCAUGGUCCAAACACACCAAGACAGUCAUGAAGAGGUCACGACAAAGCCUAUUCCCCCUCAGGAGACUGAAAAGAUUUGGCAUGGGUCCUCAGAUCCUCAAAAAGGUCUACAGCUGCACCAUCGAGAGCAUCCUGACUGGUUGCAUCACCGCCUGGUAUGGCAACUGCUCGGCCUCCGACCGCAAGGCACUACAGAGGGUAUUGCGUACUGCCCAGUACAUCACUGGGGCCGAGGUUCCUGCCAUCCAGGACCUCUAUACCAGGCAGUGUCAGAGGAAGGCCCUAAAAAUUGUCAAAGACUCCAGCCACAUGUACAUAUUACCUAAAUUACCUUGACUAACCGGUUCCCCCGCACAUUGACUCUCUACCGGUACCCGCUGUAUAUAGGCUCCCUACUUUUAUUUUAUUUUACUGCUGCUCUUUAUUUAUUUUAAUUUUUUUACUUAAAACUGCAUUGUUGGUUAAGGGCUUGUAAGUAAGCAUUUCACUAAGGUCUACACAUGUUGUAUUCGGCGCAUGUGGUAAAUAACAUUUGAUUUGAUUUAUUUCCUCUUUUUUUUUUUUUUGCACAAAUGUCUUAAAACCAGUUUUUGUUUCAUCAUUAUGGGGUAUUGUGUUUAGAUUGAGGCAAAAAUCAAUUUUAGAAUAAGGCUGUAACGUAACAAAAUGUGGAAAAACUCAAGGGGUCUAAAUACUUUCCGCGUACACUGUGUAUGUUACCUUAAUGUCAAAUAUGUUUUCCACAUGCACAGAUUACAAUUGUAAACUUCUCCUCCUACAGCUCAGUGAAUGGUACGGGGUGUGCUCCCAGUUAUAACGGGGUGGACAGUGAGGGUCCCUCCACCUCCUCCGCCCACAGCGACUCCAGCCCCGGCCCCACCCCUGUUGUCAACGGCGAUGCAGCAUCCUCCCUGACCCACCAGACGGCCAGCCCCAAGCCCACACCCAACCCCGCCCCCACCGACAGUGAUGUAGCCAAUAGGACUGGUGAGAAAACAGCUCAUUUGAAUAUUGAAGUUGGGAUUGUACAGUUAAUUAUUUUUCUACCUAUGGUUUAGGUUUACUCACCCACAUGUCAGGCUGAGAAAAACAGGUGUUGUCACUAAGGUCACUGUUGUUGUAGUAAGACUAUAAAAAAGCAUGCUUAAUAGAGAUUCUCCAUUGAAAGUGCUUUUUAGUCUAAGACUAGGCUUAACCUAUGUAAAGGAAACUGUCCCUUAUUGAUUUUGAUAGAUAUCCUUCAAAUUCUCAAAAAAUCCAAACAUAACUAUAUGGGUCGUUCCACAAAAUGAGUUCCUUUUGGGUAGUGUAACUUGGUGAAAAUAAACUUUAUUUCACAGAAUUGUAACAUUGUCAUUAACUUAAUAAAAAACAUGUUAUCCCAUCUCAAGAGGUUAAAGAAAAAAUUGCUAUAGUUAGUACCUAUUAAGUGCCAAAUAAAGUAGGCCGUGGCUGCAGAUCUUAGUUUUUUGGGAAGCUUCUGCGGAUCAUGUUCUGCGCAUGUGUACAGUCGUGGUCAAAAGUUUUGAGAAUGACACAAGUAUUGGUCUUCACAAAGUUUGCUGCUUCAGUGUUAUGAUAUAUUUUUGUCAGAUGUUACUAUGGUAUACUGAAGUAUAAUUACAAGCAUUCCAUAAGUGUCAAAGGCUUUUAUUGACAAUUACAUUUAGUUUAUGCAAAGACUCAAUAUUUGCAGUGUUGACCCUUCUUUUUCAAGACCUCUGCAAUCCGCCCUGGCAUGCUGUCAAUUAACUUCUGGGCCACAUCCUGACUGAUGGCAGCCCAUUCUUGCAUAAUCAAUGCUUGGAGUUUGGCAGAAUUUGUGGGUUUUUGUUUGUCCACCCGCCUCUUGAGGAUCGACCACAAGUUCUCAAUGGGAUUAAGGUCUGGGGAGUUUCCUGACCAUGGACCCAAAAUGUCGAUGUUUUGUUCCCUGAGCCACUUAGUUAUCACUUUUGCCUUAUGGCAAGGUGGUCCAUCAUGCUGGAAAAGGCAUUGGUCCUCACCAAACUGUUCUUGGAUGGUUGGGAGAAGUUGCUCUCGGAGAAUGUGUUGGUACCAUUCUUUAUUCAUAGCUGUGUUCUUAGGCAAAAUUGUGAGUGAGCCCACUCCCUUGGCUGAGAAGCAACCCCACACAUGAAUGGUCUCAGGAUGCUUUACUGUUGGCAUGACACAGGACUGAUGGUAGCGCUCACCUUGUCUUCUCUGGACAAGGUGUUUUCCGGAUGCCCCAAACAAUCGGAAAGGGGAUUCAUCAGAGAAAAUGACUUUACCCCAGUCCUCAGCAGUCCAAUCGAUGUACCUCCGACGGACUAAAGAUCCCGAAAUGGUCAGAUCAGCAGCCACUCCAAAUAAAGUAACAGGGUUGACGAUUUCAUCUUAAAUCAAUAAAAUCCCCUUGUGACAGGAGGAAUUGAAGCUUGCUGUGUGCAACAAGGAGGGGCAAUUGAAUGCAAGCUUCACAAAAAAUAGAAAUGUUUCUAGCCUAUGGGUAACAGGGUUGAUUUGCAUACCGCCCCAAUAGAUCCACAGACGAUUUAAUUGCCAUCUCCAUCGCACUGCACACUGCCCUAUCCCAUCUGGACAAGAGGAAUACCUAUGUAAGAAUGCUGUUCAUUGACUAAAGCUCAGCCUACAACACCAUAGUACCCUCCAAGCUCAUCAUUAAGCUCGGGCCCUGGGUCUGAACCCCGCCCUGUGCAACUAAGUCCUGGACUUGCUGACGGGCCUCCCCCAGGUGGUGAAGGUAGGAAACAACACCACCACUACGCUGAUCCUCAACACAGGGGCCCCACAAGGGUGCACGCUCAGCCCCCUCCUGUACGUCCUGUUCACCCAUGACUGCGUGGCCAUGCACGCCUCCAACUCAAUCAUCAAGUUUGCAGAUGGCGCAACAGUAGUAGGCUUGAUUACCAACAAUGACGAGAGCCUACAGGGAGGAGGUGAGGGCCCUGGUGGAGUAGUGCCAGGAAAAUGUCUUCAUCAACAUAACGAAGGCGCUGAUCAUGGACUUCAGGAGACAGCAGAGCAAGCACGCCCCCAUCCACAUCGACAGGACCGCAGUGGAGAAGGUGAAAAGCUCGGCAUACACGUCAAUGACAAUCUGAAAUGGUCUACCAACACAGACAGUGUGGUGAAGAAGGCUCAACAGCGCCUCUUCAACCUCAGGGCUGAAUACAUUUUGCUUGGCCCCCAAGACCCUCUCAAACUUUUACAGAUGCGCAAUUGAGAGCAUCCUGUCGGGCUGUAUCACCGCCUGGUACGGCAACUGCACCACCCGCAACCGCAGGGCUCUCCAGAGGGUGAUGCGGUCUGCCCAACGCAUCAUCGGGGUCACACUGCCUGCCCUCCAGGACACCUACAGCACCCGAUGUCACAGGAAGGCCAAAAAGAUCAUCAAGGACAUCAACCACCUGAGCCACGGCCUGUUCACCCCGAUAUCAUUCAUAAGGCGGGAUCAGUACAGGUGCAUCAAAGCUGGGACCGAGAGACUGAAAAACAGCUUUUCUCAAGGCCGUCAGACUGUUAAAUAGCCAUCACUAGCCGGCUACCACCCGGUUACUCAACCCUGCACCUUAGAGGCUGCUGCCCUAUGUACAUAGACAUGGAAUCACUGGUCGCUUUAAUAAUGGAACACUAGUCACUUUAAUAAUGUUUACAUACUGUUUUACUAAUUUCAUAUGUACAGUGGCUUGUGAAAGUAUUCACCCCCCUUGGCAUUUUUCCUAUUUUGUUGCCUUACAACCUGGAAUUAAAAUGGAUUUUUUGGGGGUUUGUAUAAUUUGAUUUACACAACAUGCCUACCACUUUCAAGAUGCAAAAAAAACAGAAAACUUGAGCAUGCUUAACUCUAUAUUUUUUUUAUAACCCAACCCUGAUCUGUACUUCUCCACAACUUUGUUCCUGACCUGUUUGGAGAGCUCCUUGGUCUUCAUGGUGCCGCUUGCUUGGUGGUGCCCGUUGCUUAGUGGUGUUGCAGACUCUUGGGCCUUUCAGAACAGGUGUAUAUAUACUGAGAUCAUGUGACAGAUCAUGUGACAGUUAGAUUGCACACAUGUGGACUUUAUUUAACUAAUUAUGUGACUUCUGAAGGUAAUUGGUUGCACCACAUCUUAUUUAGGGUCUUCAUAGAAAAGGGGGUGAAUACAUAUGCACGCACCACUUUUCCAUUAUUUAUUUUUCAGAAUAAAUGUGGACUAUUUUGUGUAUGUCCAUUACAUGAAAUCCCAAUAAAAUCCAUUUAAAUUACAGGUUGUAAUGCAACAAAAUAGGAAAAACGCCAAGGGGGAUGAAUACUUUUGCAAGGCACUGUAUAUACUGUAUUCUACUGUAUUCUAGUCAGUGCCACUCUGACAUUGCUUGUCCUAAUAUUUAUAUAUUUCUUAAUUCGAUUCUUUUACUUUUAGAUGUGUGUGUAUUGUUGCGAAUUGUUAGAUACUACUGCACUGUUGGUGCUAGGAACACAAGCAUUUUGCCAAACCCGCAAUAAUGUGCUAAAUAUGUGUAUGUGACCAAUAAAAUGUGAUUUGAUUUGACGUUAUGCUCGACCGCACAUUUUUACUCAUCAAAAGAGCAGAAAUUUGCCAAAAAGAGGAGAACCAUCUCACCUGCUUUUACACAAUGAUUUAACACAACGUUUCUCUAGGAAAAAAUAUUGAAAAAGGAAAAGUUUCACCAUAUUAAAGCGAGAGUUCACGUAACAGGGUUGACCUUAAAAUGAGGGACUAUUUUUUUAACCUUAAAAUGAAUCACUAAAAAUCACAUGAAAUAAAUAUUAAUCUCCAGAAAGCAACAAAAUAAGGCUUUACAAUGAUGGUGAAAACUUAACAUCUUCCUAGAAGUCAUAGUGUGCACAGUGGGACAUGCCAAAAUGCAGAAUUUUGGCACUUUAGCAAGUCUUUAUUCAUAUUAAAUGUCCUGAUGUUUGCAGUUUUUUGUAGCUGAGCUGCUGCAGAGUUAAUUUCCCUGCUGUUUUAUUAUAGCCUGGUCAUGGUUGAGUUGAUCCAAGGGAACAGAACGGAUUCAUUUUCAUUUCAAUCCCUCUCUGCUGCUGUCCUGUCAGCACCUCUGUCUUUAAGAAAGCCCUUAGGAGAGAUCAGCCAGACACCGAGGAGAGCAUUGAGCAAGCAACAAUAGUUAGGCAAGACUGCUAAGUGGAGAGGGGGAAUAUGGUUAGCUAGGCUCUCAGAAUGGUUGGAGUAAGGUUAGAACCAUAGUAAGGUAGGUAAUUGGAAUCAUUGUUUAACCCCCUAGAGUCGAUGUCCACGCCCCGCUGUCCAUCAGUUUAAGCUAGCGAUAUGUUUUUUUUGCAUGGGCUGCAUCUCAAUCACCGCUUCCGCCAAUGUCGCCCUUCCGCAUGCAUCUGCAGUGAAAGGUGGCAGAGCUAGAGCGGUGUUUGUCAGUCUGUAGCGUCCGAACGGUUUGGCCUACAAACUACACUACUUCAUGAGCUGAAGUAAAAGAUCCCAGAAAUGUUCCCAUAAGCACAAAAAGCUUAUUUCUAUCCAAUUUUGUGCACAUCCCUGUUAGAGAGAAUUUCUCAUUUGACAAGAUAAUCCAUCCACCUGACAGGUGUGGCAUAUCAAGAAGCUGAUUAAAACAGCAUGAUCAUUACACUGGUGCACCUUGUGCCGUUGACAAUAAAAGGCCACUCAAAUGUGCAGUUUUGUCACACAACACAAUGCCACAGAUGUCUCAAGUUUUGUGGGAGCGUGCAAUUGGCAUGCUGACUGCAGGAAUGUCGACCAGAGUUGUUGCCGGUGAAUUUAAUGUUAAUUUCGCUACCAUAAGCCACCUUCAAUGUCGUUUUAGAGAAUUUGGCAGUACGUCCAACCGGCCUCACAACCGCAGACCACGUGUAUGGCAUCGUGUGGGUGAACGGUUUGCUGAUGUCAAUGUGAACCGAGUGCCCCAUGGUGGCGGUGGGGUUAUGGUAUGGGCAGGCAUAGGCCACGGACAACAAACCCAAUUUGCAUUUUAUCGAUGGCAAUUUGAAUGCACAAAAAUACCGUGACUAGAUCCUGAGGCCCAUUUUGUUUAAGGUAUCUGUGUCCAACAGAUGCGUAUCUGUAUUCAAAGUCGUGAAAUCCAUAGAUUAGGGUCUAAUGAAGAAUAAUAAUAAUAAUAUGCCAUUUAGCAGGCGCUUUUAUCCAAAGCGACUUACAGUCAUGCGUGCAUACAUUUUUGUGUAUGGGUGGUCCCGGGGAUCGAACCCACUACCUUGGCGUUACAAGCGCCGUGCUCUACCAGCUGAGCUACAGAGGACCACUGAAUGUAUUUCAAUUGACUGAUUUCCUCAUAUGAACUGUAACUCAAUGAAAUUGUAGCAUGUUGCAUUUAUAUUUUUGUUCAGUAUAGAUCUUCUUGAGUUACAGUUUUGUGUAGAAGUAGCCUACAGUGUUGUUUCUUCUUCGUUGUGCUCUACGACCCCCACAAUCGUCAUGGGACUCGUCUGAAGUCUGUACAGCCGAUCUGCCAACUUCUGUCUGUAGUGUCCAAACUGUUUUGGCUACACACUAAUAAGUCUCUCACGAACACGUACAUGUCGGUUGUUUUGCUCUAGGACGCCCACAAGCCUCACAAGACUAGUCUGAAGGGAGCCCAAAGUAUAUGGAAGUAUAUAUGGAAAUAGUUUAGUGCCUAAAAUAAGGGGUUAAAUACAUGUAAAAAAUUAAAAUAGUUUCCAGAUCUUUCUUAUAUCUCUCAGAAAUAGGACAGACACUUCAGAACAAACUACAUUUAGUCCCAAAAAAUCUAUCUGUUUUUCCAUGUAUGAAGCUGUUAUUCAAUCCGUUUCUAUGGGCUAAUAGCCGUAAGGCCAAAUUCAAUGUUUCAUCAAAUAUUAUUUUGUAAGUAUUUUUUUGAUACCUUAAGAAACACUGUUGUCAAAUUGUCAUACUUUCCCCUUUCUCUUGCUCUUUUUCACACUCCUUUUCAAUUGUGUCCUUUCCCUCUGUACUUCUAGUUAAAAGUGAGUCCUCUGCUGCUGCUCCUGCCCCCUCCACAUCCACAGAUGAGACCCUGCCCCCUGCAGAUGGCCCUGAGGUCUGCAGCGAAGCCACCACCACCUCUGCUUCCACCUCUGAACCUGUCCCAGCCACCGACCCAGGCUCCACUUCCACCCCUGGUCCCUCUCCCCCUCAACCCACCACAGAGGCUCCCUCCACUGAGCAUGACAGUGCUGCUGCUCCCCCCUUCUCCUCCUCAGCCCCAGCCUCAGGCCAGGCAGCCCCAGCCGCCUCCACCCCCACUGCGGAGGCAGCAGGGGGCUCCAGUGGGGCAGAAGCAGACGACGCCAAGCCCAGACAACAGGCCCCCAACGCUGGCACUUCAGACCCCCUGCCCCCUGGGUAAGUGACGUCUCACUGGACUUUUAACUGUGUGUUUCUGCUGGCUGUAUCUGUGUCAGAUGUGUUCAAUAUCUGUGUUUCUGUGUUGUAAUCCUGUGUUGUGACCCUGUGUAUUCCUCUGCAGGUGGGAGCAGAGGAAGGAUCCCCAUGGAAGAACCUACUAUGUGGAUCACAACACCAAAACCACAACAUGGGAGAGACCACAGCCCCUCCCGCCGGGGUCAGUAAGAUGACUAUUUGCACUGUGUUGACUUUAACACAAUGUCAGCAUGUUACCAGGAUCUGCUCUUUGCCAUCUCUGUUAUCGUCGAUCCCUUAGAGUAGGAUUUAUUGGUUUUCUCUCUCGCUCUCCCUCUCUCUCCCUUUCCGCUCUUUCUUUCUCUACCUCUAUUUGUCUUUCUCCAUCCGUAAAAAGUCGCUUCUAAAUGGCAUAUAAUAAUACAUAUAUUCUCUCUCUCUCUCUGUCUCUCUCUGUCUCUGUCUCUCUCUCUCUCUCUCUCUCACACACACAGUUGGGAAAGGCGUGUGGAUGACAGGGGCAGGAUCUACUAUGUGGACCACAACACCAGAACCACCACGUGGCAGAGGCCCACCAUGGAGUCAGUGCGUAAUUUUGAGGCAUGGCAGUCCCAGCGCAGCCAGCUCCAGGGGGCUAUGCACCAGUUCAACCAGAGAUACCUCUACUCGGUAGGGACCUCCUCUUUCUCCUGCCCCGAACAACCAAUCCUUGGCUAUGUCAGAGAAUGUGGCUGUUAGGAAAUAUUACAGUGCCUUCAGAAAGUAUUCACACCCCUUUACUUUUUCCACAUUUUGUUGUGUUACAAAGUGGGAUUAAAUGUCAGUGGAAGAACAAUUCUAACAUUUGUAAAAAAAUAAAAUAAAAAAAAAACACUAAUAGAUCUUGAUUUAGAUAAGUAUUCAAACCCCUGAGUCAAUAUAUUAGAAUCACCUUUGGCAGCGGUUACAGCUAUGAGUCUUUCUGGGUAAGUCUUUAAGAGCUUUGCACACCUGGAUUGUACAAUAUUUGCACAUUAUUAUUUUAAAACUUCUUCAAGCUCUGUCAAGUUGGUUGUUGGCCAUUGCUAGACAGCCAUUUUCAAGUCUUGCCAUAGAUUUUAAAUCCAAAUUUAAGUCAACUGUAACUAGGCCACUCAGGAACAUUCAAUGUUGUCUUGGUAAGCAACUUCUGUGUACACUGAGUGUACAAAACAUUAGGAACACGUCUUAUACACUCAGUGGCCCAUGUUGACUCCAAUGCUUCUCACAGUUAUGUCAAGUUGGCUGGAUGUCCUUUGGGGGGUGGACCAUUCUUAAUACACACGGGAAACUGUUGUGUGAAAAACCCAGCAGCGUUGCAGUUCUUGACAUACUCAAACCAGUGCGCCUGGCACCUACUACCAUACCCUGUUCAAAGGCACUUAAAUAUUUUGUCUUGUCCAUUCACCCUCGGGAUGGCACACGUACACAAUCCAUGUCUGAAUUGUCACUGAUUGAAGUGGAUUUAACAAGUGACAUCAAUAAGGGAUAAUAGCUUUUACCUAGAUUCACCUGGUCUGUCUGUCAUGAAAAAACUAUGUUAUGUACACUCAGUGUCUGUUGAAAAGCAAACUGAACCAGGUUUUCCUCUAGGAUUUUGCCUGUGCUUAGCUUUAUUCAAUGUAUUCUUAUCAUAAAAACUCCUUAGUCCUUGCAGAUGACAAGCAUACCCAUAACAUGAUGCAGCCACAACCAUGCUUGAAAAUAUGAAGAGUGAUACUCAGUGAUGUGUUGUUGGAUUUGCCCCAAACAUAACGCUUUGUAUUCAGGAUAUGAAGUUAAUUUCUUUGCCACAGUUUUUGCUGUUUUACUUUAGUGCCGUAUUGCAAACAGGAUGCAUGUUUUGGAAUAUUUGUAUUCUGUACAGGGGUUCCUUCUUUUCACUCUGUCAAUUAGGUUAGCAUUGUGGAGUAACUACAAUGUUGUUGAUCCAUCCUCAGUUUUUUCCUAUUACAGCCAUUCAACUCUGUAACUGUUUUAAAGUCACCAUUGGCCUCAUGUUGAAAUCCCUGAGUGGUUUCCUUCCUCUCCAGCAACUGAGGUGGGAAGGACACCUUUAUCUUUGUAGUGACUGGGUGUAUUGAUACACCAUCCAAAGUGUAAUUAGUUACUUCACCAUGCUCAAAGGGAUAUUCAAUGUCUGCUUAUAUUUUUUUUACCCAUCUACCAAUAGGUGCCCUUCUUUGCGAGGCAUUGGAAAACCUCCCUGGUCUUUGUGGUUGAAUCUGUGUUUGAAAUUCACUGCUCGACUGAUAAUUGUAUGUGUGGGGGUACAGAGAUGAGGUAGUCAUUCAAAAAUAAUGUUAAACACUAUUAUUGCACACAGUGCAACUUAUAUGACUUGUUAAGAACAUUUCUACUCCUGAACAUAUUUAGGCUUGCCGUAACAAAAGGGUUGAAUACUUAUUGACUCAAGACAUUUUAGCUUUUCAUUACUUAAUUUGUAAAGAUUUCAAAAAAACAUAAUUCCACUUUGACAUUAUGGGGUAUUGCGUGUAGGCCAGUGAUAAAUCUCAAUUUAAUCCAUUUUAAAUUCAGACUGGAACACAACAAAAUGUGGAAAAAGUCAAAAGAUGUGAAUACUUUCUUAAUGUACUGUAUAUUAGCUACAUUAAAGAUAGCUUUGUAUUUUGAGAGGAGGAAAGACAAUUCUCAGUUCUAUGCAACAGAUACAGUUUUCUGUUUUGUGAGGAGCAAAUAGUCAUGUCAGUUCUGUGUAACAUAUUGCAUAUUCAUAUUGACCUUCUGGCCCAUCUAAUAAACCCUGGGUCCCCGCCAACAGCUAAACGCUAAUCUGCCAAUCAAAUUAUAGAAUCUGUUUGACAGUUUAUUCUCAGAAUGAUCAUCAACCAAUUACUUCACAGCAUAAACAAACCGGAUAGGCCUCUGGUCUGAAGCUACGGAAGAACUCCUGGCUUUUAUGUAAAACAAAUCUAGUAGAUUUCACUUUUUGUAUUAAUAUCCAAGUGUUCAAUUUAUCAGUGAGGCCAGCCUUUUUAAUUAAAAAUAAAUCAAAUAAAUAUUAUAAUUUAUGAAUGUUUGUAAAGGCACAGACAUGAGUGAAUCUUAAUCUUACCAAUAGACAUGACUGUCUGUAGUCCCACCCCUAGUGCUCACAUCACUCACAGUGUUAGUGAUCACUCAGGCCUGGUCGCUAUAGCCACCACUGACACCUUUGAUGUAGUGCAUUGAGAAGGGUUUCACUGGGCUCCCCUAACCCUUUGAACUAUCGUGUAAUCUCAUCUGCUCUGACGAUGAUUAGCACACUACACUGACUGACUACCAUCUGAUGUAGUCAGCAUUUUGCUGAUGGCAGGCUAGCGAGCUGCUUAGUCACUCAGUCACUCAGCUAUAUAUGCAUUUACUCACUUUAGUUGGAAUAUCAUCUCAUUUGGACUAUUUUCCCUUUGUUUCUUCUCUUCCCUAUCGGUACUGUAUGGACGUGUACAUGAUCUCCAUUCCACGCUUCCUCCAGGCUUCCAUGAUGUCGGCAGAAAACGACCCUCUGGGCCCGCUACCUCCUGGUUGGGGUAAGUUCAGUUCUGAAGUUGUGCUGAUGUUGUUCUGACUUUGUUCUCAAGUCAGGACCCACUGUGUCCACUAUUUGAUCUUUAGUGACGUUAUGUGAGGUUGUUCCGUAAUUGGCUCACUGGAAUUCAUGAUGGUUUAUCUUGGCUUGGUUUGUGGCCAGAUGUACAAGAUUGAUACUAAAAUGAUUUUGUGUAUUUUUUCAUGCAUAUUCUGAGUCUUUCUGUCAUACUAAUCCUUUUGAACAUUCACCUCUUGUCCUCUAUUUGCAGUCUUGUCUGUUGUUGUUGUUGUUCCUCUUCUCCCGCUGUCUCUCUCUCGCUCUCUCCUGACCUGCAUGUUGCUGUGUGAGCUAUACCGUUCUCUCUAACUCAUCUCUUCCCUCAAUCACCACUCACGUUAAUUCACUGGGUCUUGUUUGACCUUCUCUCCUGUGUUCCCCAUAGAGCGACGUGUGGACUCCAACGACCGGGUGUACUUUGUCAACCACAGCACCAAGACAACACAGUGGGAAGAUCCCCGCACACAAGGGUGAGCCCAGCUAGCUCUGUGGCAAUGCCAUGUCCUGCCAAAUUGAUCUGAUAGUAUCUAACAAAAACACAUUUAGUAGUCUCUCUCCUUUCUUUAAUAUUCUCUACCUCUCUCUCUUUCUCUGCCUGUCUCUCUCUCUUUCUCUGCCUAUCUCUCUCUCUCUUUCUCUGCCUAUCUCUCUCUCUCUUUCUCUGCCUAUCUCUCUCUCUUUCUCUGCCUAUCUCUCUCUCUUUCUCUGCCUCUCUCUAUCUUUAUAGCAUCUCUUUCUCUUCCUUCUCUCUCGUCUUCUCUCGCCGUCUCUCUCUUUUUCUCUCUUCUCUUUAUCGACUACUCUAUAUUUCGCUGCCUCCUCUCCUUAUUGCUCUGCUCUCUCUCUUUCUCUGCCUCUCUCUCUUUCUCUGCCUUGCCUCUCUCUUUCUUGCCUGCCUCCUACUUCUCUCCUCUCUCUUCUCUCUUCUCUGCCCUCUCUCUAUCUCGUGUGCUACUCUCUCUCUUUCUACCUCUCUCUCUCUCUGCUCUCCUCUCUACUCUCCCUCUCUCGCUUCUCGCUCUCUCGCUCUCCCCUCUCCCUCUCCCUCUCCCUCUCCCUCUCCCUCUCCCUCUCCCUCUCCCUCUCCCUCUCCCUCUCCCUCUGCCUCUGCCUCUGCCUCUGCCUCUGCCUCCAGGCUACAGAAUGAGGACCCUCUUCCUCAGGGUUGGGAGAUCCGGUACACGCGGGAGGGCGUCCGCUACUUCGUAGAUCACAACACCCGGACCACCACCUUCAGUGAUCCGCGCACAGGGAAGUCCUCUGUGUAAGUAGUGGACUGAACUCUUGUUUGUUUUUGGCUGUACGUAUCACAGACUGGGCCUUUUUUUUUUUUCACACACUGGGCCUUUUUAAGUUAUGUUUUAGCAGCAGCUGCUCUUAAACAGUCAUUAGUUAAAGUGUCUUGUGAGGCAAUGAGCAGCAAACCUCUGCUUGUAAUUAUUGUUUUAUUUACGUACUCAAGAAAACCACCAACAUCUCUGAAUCGUUUAAGAUCUAUUUGAUCUAAAUCUUUUGGAUAUUUCUCUGGUUCAUUAUGGCUUCAUCAACCAAUGCUUCUGUCACAUGAUGAGGAUUAGUUACAUCAUGUUACUGUACCCCUUGACCCUGACCUCUAACCUCUGCCACUCCCUCCUCAGCACCAAAGGCCCACAGAUAGCGUACGAGCGCAGCUUCAGGUGGAAACUAGCACACUUCCGCUACCUUUGUCAGGUAAUAUUACUCUCCCUAUGUUUUCUUCUUCUGGUUGGACCGUUUUAGUUUGGAUGAAGGGAUGGUUGUUUUGCACAUUCCAGUCACUUUUGAUUUCACAGCCACUUUUUCUUUCUUUCUCCAGUCCAACGCACUCCCCAGCCAUGUUAAGAUCACCGUGUCUAGGCAGACGUUGUUCGAAGACUCUUUCCAACAAGUAAGAGUUGGCCUCCCUCUGUAUGUAACUGGUUGUAAGAGCAUAAUAUACAGGACACACACAAACAGCAACACGUAAACACACACCCAGUUCCUUAUGGCAUGUCACAUUGUUCCUCACUGACUGUAUAUCAUUUGUGCAACUCAAAGUAAGACAAUUGUAUUAUUACAUGUGAUAAGUUGCAGUAUGAUGAUGUUUGUGUUUUUUUGUGACGUAGUUUGUGUUCUGUGUGAUCUGUUAACUUUUUUGUAUGGACUGUUACCCCUGCCUGCAAACCACAUUUCACUCUGAAUAAAAUGUUUUGACAGUGACCAGUUCUCUAUAGGCUAAUGCUAGUAUUUGUGUUUCCAGAUUAUGGCCCUGAAACCUUAUGACUUGAGGAGGAGACUGUACGUCAUCUUCAGAGGAGAAGAGGGACUGGACUACGGUGGCCUAGCUAGGUCCGUCACAACCACACACAUCGCAUUUGCACACAAUGAUAGUCACCCUUUAGUCUUUUAGGCAAUUUCUGCAACCAUAUGCUUGUCAGUAAGAUUAUUCCCGACCUGUUGUUGUUGAAAGAAACAUGCAUAGUAAAAUGACAUGUUCCAGAUCUUUUUGUCAUUGCCAGUCUUCACCUCUGACCUACCUCGCUCUCUCGUCGUCCCCACAGAGAGUGGUUCUUCCUGUUAUCCCACGAGGUGCUCAACCCCAUGUACUGCCUCUUUGAGUACGCUGGCAAGAGUAACUACUGUCUGCAGAUAAACCCAGCCUCCACCAUCAACCCUGACCACCUAUCCUACUUCUGCUUUAUAGGACGAUUCAUAGCCAUGGUACAGCACACACAAUGUUCUCUCACUCGCUCUUUGAGAUCAUGUGCAUAGUCUUGCAUACACAAACACUCCUUCGGCAGAAUCAUGUGAACAUUCCUGGUCUCUCUCUCUUGUCCACAGGCGCUCUUCCACGGGAAAUUCAUUGACACAGGCUUCUCUCUGCCAUUCUAUAAACGCAUGUUGAACAAGAAGCUCAUCAUCAAAGAUCUGGAGUCCAUCGACCCGGAGUUCUACAACUCUCUGAUCUGGAUCAGGUAGGCAGACCUACUGCUCUCUUGACCCAUCCUAGCCAGGAACCACAAGGUUGUGGGUUCCAUUCCCACAGGGAUAAAAUAAUCUGCUAAGUGGCAUAUUCUUUCCAUGACAUAGACUGAACAGGUGAAAGCUAUGAUCCCUUAUUGAUGUCACUUGUUAAAUCCACUUAAAUCAGUGUAGAUGAAGGGGAGGAGACAGGUUAAAGAAGGAGUUUUAAGCCUUGAGACAAUUGAGACAUGGAUUGUGUAUGUGUGCCUUUCAGAGGGUGAAUGGGCAAGACAAAAAGAUGUAAGUGCCUUUGAACAGGGUAUGGUAGUAGGGGCCUGGCACACCGGUUUGAGUGUGUCAAGAACUGCAACGCUGCUGGGUUUUUCAUGCUCAACAGUUUCCAGUGUGUAUCAAGAAUGGUCCAUCACCCAAAGGACAUCAAGCCAUCUUGACACAACUGUGGGAAGCAUUUGAGUCAACAUGGGCCAGCAUCCCUGUGGAACGCUUUUGACACCUUGUAGUUUAUGCCCCGACGAAUUGAGGCUGUUCUGAGGGCAAAAGGGUUGCAACUCAAUAUUAGGAAGGUGAUUACCCAUUUUAACCAUUGACUACCAAACCCUUAAGCAAUUUUCUCCUGUGUAGGGAUAAUAACAUAGUGUGGUCUGGAUAUGUACUUCUGACCUUAGCGGGUCAGAAGAAACGGGAAAAAAAAAAAAAACAACCGGUUUUCAGGGAUACAGUAUCAACUAGCUUAUUUUCUUCCUGAAAACCGGAUGUGGGGACCCCGCUCAGGCGUUUUAUUUUACGCCUGCUACUACGUUAGGUUAGUCCAGAGCUUUCUCCUCAUCUCUCCAAGGAGAACAACAUGGAGGACAUCAAUAUUGGUCCUGUGGUAGCUAGCUUACACUGGCGCUCUCUCCUCAUCUCCAGGGAUAACAACAUGGACACAUGUGGUCUAGAGCUGUAUUUCUCUGUUAACAUUGGACCUAAGCUUAGCCCUGAUUCUGUGGUCCUUUAGGGAUAAUAACAUCCUGCAGUGUGGUCUAGAGAUGUAAUAUCUAUAACAUAAUGGUGCUUGUCCUUCAUAACAGGGAUAACAACAUCGAGGAGUGUAGUUUAGAGAUGUACUUCUCUGUGGACAUGGAGAUCCUGGGGAAGAUCACGUCACAUGACCUGAAGCCUGACGGCAGCGACCUCCUGGUGACGGAGGAGAACAAGGAGGAGUACAUCGGGUAAGGAAGGAGGCGCCGAGUGAUGGACCAUCACAGAGCAGCUUGUUCACAGAGACAUCCAAUGAUAUCCGAUGAGCAAUUGUGAACAUGUAUUUUAGCAUCAUGAUAACAUGGUGAUAAUAGUGCCUCUUCUUAGUGAUGUACAUCCUCAUUUUGCUAUUCUUACUGCUGUAUUAUAAUGGAUUUUUCUGCAUAAAGGUACUUGCAAGAGAGAUUCUCCAUUGAACAAGCUUUUGAAUCCAGGACUGGGCUAAAAAACUGGCCCGAUAACAACUAGCUAAAUGUUUUAGUCAUCUUUGCAUUCCUUACAUUGAUAAUACCUGAGGCUGCUUAUGAUUAUAAAGAUGAGACCCUAACUGUGACUACAUCCUGUUUCCUACAGGUUGAUGGCAGAGUGGCGGUUCUCCCGCGGCGUGGAGGGACAGACCAAAGCCUUCCUGGACGGCUUCAACGAGGUGGUGCCUCUGCAGUGGCUCCAGUACUUUGAUGAGAAGGAGCUGGAGGUGAUGCUGUGUGGCAUGCAGGAGGUAGACCUACAGGAUUGGCAGAGAAACACUGUGUAUCGCCACUACACCAGGAACAGUAAGCAGAUCAUCUGGUUCUGGCAGGUAGGUACAUCAGCGCCCCAAAGGUCGUGGGUUCAAUCUCUGCGACUGCCUUUCCUUUCAGUUUCAAGUUUUAAUGUCACAUGCAUAAGUACAGUGAAAUGCCUUUCUUGCAAGCUCUAACCCCAACAAUGCAGUAAUCAAUAACAAUGUAAUACUACAAAUAACAAGGUAAGAACACGAGAAAGUAAGCAUACUAUAUACAGGGUCAGUCCGUUCCAAUACCAUAUUUACAAUGUGCAGGGAUACUGGAGUGAUAGAGGUAGAUAUGUAUUGCGGUAAGGUGACAAGGCAUCAGGAGUAGCAGCAGCGUAUAUGAUGAUUGUAUUGUGUGUAGAGUCAGUAUAAAUGUAUGUGCAUGUUAUGUGUGUGUGAGCAAAUUAUGGAUUGUGUGUGUGCUGGAGUGUCAUUGUGCGUGAGUGUGUAGGGCCCUGUGAGUGUGUGUAUAGAGAAAGUCUAAAAAAUAAAAUACAAGGGCCAAAUCGCAUAGUUCAUGUAGCCAUUUAGUUAGCUAUUUAGCAGUUUUAUGGCUUGGGGAUAGAAGCUGUUCAGGAGCCUGUUGGUGUAAGACUUGAUGCACCAGUACCGCUUGCUGUGCGGAAGCAGAGAGAACAGUCUAGGCUUGGGUGGCUGGAGUCUUUAACCAUUUCCUUUCACACCGCCUGAUAUAGAGGUACUGAAUGGCAGGGAGCUCGGCCCCAGUGAUGUACUGGGCUGUCCGCGCCACUCAAUCGAGGGUGGUGCUGUUGCCAUACCAAGCAGUGAUGCAGCCAGUGAAGAUGCUCUCAAUGGUGCAGCUGUAUAACUUUUUGCCAAACGUUUUCAACCUCCUGAAGGGGAAAUCUUCACGAUUGUGUGCAUGUGUGUGGACCAUUUUAAGUCCUUAGUGAUUUGGACACCACCUGCCCUGUAUUCCUCUAUGUUUCUGUACAGGUGGGGUACAGGUAUAUGUUGGCAAGGAUGUGUUAAUGUUGUAUGUUGUCGCAGUGUUAAUCUGCUGUCUCCACCUCCCUCUGUGUGUGGACAGCUGGUGAAGGAGGUGGACAACGAGGUGCGUCUGAGACUCAUGCAAUUUGUUACGGGGACCUGCAGACUGCCUCUAGGGGGCUUCGCUGAGCUCAUGGGUUAGUGGCACACACACACACACAAACACACACACGACUAACCUCCACGUCUACUGAUCUGGGGUUGAACAAUUAGUCAGGAUUUAUCUAUGCGCCGUUCUGGCUCGGAGAAGGCUUACUUGUCCUAGACUUAAUUACCCUCUUCUGUGGAAAACGUAGGUAGUACUGGGGGAAGGGUUAUUUAGUUGGCAAGUAUUUGCAAGUAUUUAUUUUGUUCACCUCAUAUCUCUGUCUCUGUAGGUAGUAACGGGCCCCAGAAGUUCUGCAUUGAGAAGGUCGGAAAAGACACUUGGCUCCCUCGGAGUCACACUUGGUGAGUGGUCCGCUUCCACGGCAACAUCCUGCUUGUCAAUCAAGUCAAUGAAUCAUGAUGUUUCAAUGUCAAAUAACAAUGUGUUGGGUGUAAAUCAUGUCAUAUUUUAAUACAAUUACUUUCUUGUUUCAUCUCCGUAUUCAAUGACUGUUUCUUGUUUCACCUCCGUACUCAAUGACUGUUUCUUCUUUCGCUUUCAAACUCAAUUACUGUAUUUUUGCUUAUUUUCUUUAGCUUUAACAGGCUGGACUUACCCCCGUACAAAAGCUUUGAACAGCUGAAGGAGAAGCUGCUCUUUGCCAUCGAGGAAACGGAAGGAUUUGGCCAAGAGUAGAGAAAGUCUCUCUCUCUACCACAGUGUAUCCAGCCAUGUAAAACAACAAAAAAUGAAACAUUGCACAGAUAACUACCAAUGUACAUAAGCUAUUUUGUCAUUUUUAAAACCAAAUCUUGAUUCACAACCUCAUUUUAGCAAUCCCCCUUAUAUUAUACCCCAUAAAAUAUGCAAGCAUUUCAGCUUUUCCUCCGCUUUUAAAAAACGAAAAAUCUAUGUAUGAUUUUUAAAAUGUUUUUUCCCCUUUUUGGCUGGUUUUUAAAAGGAGACUGAAAACGUAGAGAGGAUUUUUAUAGUUGAACCAUAACUUACGGCUCUAGUUUUAUAGAGCUUUUAAGGGUGAUUGUAGUGUUUGGUCCAGUGCCUGGGUUUUUUGGACCUGUAGUUGUGAUUGUGCUGCGCUUGCAUGGCUGCCUCCAGAAAAGAGGAAGACUGCCUCCAACCCCAACUGCACAUCCACUCCUAUCAACUGAAGCCAGCUCCCCAUCAGUAUUGUUGUCAUUGAAUAAAAACCAGUAUUCAGUAGCCCUGACUCGAGCCCCCUCCUCCAACUCAGCACCAAGAUAAGAGAUGGUGUAUGGUGACCAUCUGGAGUAAUGGUCCAAUGCAGCUGUUUUUUUCUCUAUAUCACAUAAUUUCUCGGUAACAAUUAAGUACCUUACUG